AAGCAUCCGCCGCAAGUGGUUCCAAGCUCUGAGUUUGAGCACAAAGUUUGCCCAAAAGCUGAGCAAGCAAACUGGGGUCUGUUUUGGCCCACUCUUUGUUGGUGGGAAUCAAAAAACUCCAGGUUCUGGCCAGGAGAAGAGCAUCCUUCAUAGCCGAGCCACAUCUGGAGCAGGUCAGGCUCUUUGGGCUUCGGGAAGCCAGAUGUAAAGGCGGGAAGAAGCUCCUGCAAGAUGCACUCUGGCUCUUCCUCUCCAAGAAGGUGAAGCUGGUCCAGAUCCAUCAUCAGCAGGUCUGGGUCUAUGCUGAGGAAGAGCUGCCUGACGGAUGCUUUCCCUGCCAUAGAGCUUCUCUUGCGAUGUCCUUGAGGUGGGACGACUGAAGGCUGCUCUGCGGAGAUGAGAAACAGAGCUUGGCCACAAGACACCGUUGCAAAGGUCCCGGAGAGCUGCCCAAUGGUGUCUCCUGGUCUCCAAGGGACCCGGCACCCAAGGACCACUUGACCCUUCCUCCAAUUUCCCCAUCUUCCUUGUGGUUUCGGGAGCAGAGCGCCUUGGGAAGAGGACCCUUCUUGGCGGUGCUGUGGGGUGUCUGGCCAGGGCAGUUGUGCUAUGAAUUGGUGUUUAUGGAUUGUUUACCUCGCCCUGGUCUGCAGCAGCUGCACUGAAGGUGAGAGGGAAGGUGAGCCUCGCACGGUGAUUGGCCGCAAAGGAGAGAGCACCAUCCUGGGCUGCAACUUGCUGAAGUCCAAUGAGGCAAGUCCCCCGCUCUAUGUGAUCGAGUGGGUGCGCUUCGGCUUCCUCCUCCCCAUCUUCAUCAAAUUCGGCCUCUAUUCUCCCCGCGUGGAUCCAGAGUAUGUAGGUCGUGUGCGGAUCCAAGAAGGCGCCUCCCUUCGGAUCGAGGGGCUGCGGGCGGAGGACCAGGGCUGGUACGAGUGCCGCGUGCUCUUUCUGGACCGUCCCAACAGCGACGACGAGUUCCAGAAUGGCACCUGGAUCCACCUCACCAUCAACUCUCCUCCCGCUUUCCAAGAGAUCCCACCACCUUUUGUGGAAGUCCAAGACCAAAAUCCACUCACUCUCACUUGCUCAGCAGCAGGCAACCCCCAGCCAGUGAUCACCUGGAAGAGGGACAACCAGGCCAUUGAAAGUGGAGACAAGGUACAGGUGAACAACGGGACUCUUGUCUUCACCAGCGUGGAGAGGGCCACGGCCGGAGCAUACACUUGCCAUGCUACCAGCGAGGAGGGCACCAUCAGCCAUACAACCCACCUUCUGGUUCAAGGGCCGCCGAUCAUUGUGGUCCCCCCGCAGAACGUCACAGUCAACCUUACGCAAGAUGCCUUCAUGACCUGUCAAGCCGAGGCAUACCCUGCCAAUCUCACUUACAGCUGGUUCCAAGGGAAGACUAAUGUCUUCCACGUCAGCCACCUCCAGUCCCGGAUCCGCAUUUUGGUAGACGGAAGCCUCUUAGUGCAGAAAACCACCCUGGAAGAUUCAGGAAAAUACACUUGCAUUCCCAGCAAUGGGCUAAGAAGACCACCGACUGCCUCCGCCUUCCUCACCGUUCUGUUUCCAGCACAAGUGAACAACAUGCCUUCUGAGACCUUAUUGCCAAUAGGAAUGCAAGGUACAAUCCGAUGCCCCAGUAAAGCCAACCCUCCCCUGCUCUUCGUCAACUGGACCAAAGAUGGACAGUCACUGGACUUAGGCAAGUUCCCAGGUUGGUCAAUGAAACACGAUGGUGCCAUUGUGAUUGCCACAAGCAAUGAAGAUGCUCUCGGUAUUUACACUUGCACCCCAUAUAACAGCUAUGGAACGGCUGGCUCUUCUGCACCCACUCGUGUCCUCUUGAAGGAUCCUCCCACCUUCACCAUUCGCCCCAAGGAAGAAUAUUUCCAGGAGGUCGGGCGGGAUCUGCUCAUUCCCUGUGCCGCUCAAGGGGACCCCUUUCCGGUCAUCUCUUGGACAAAGAUGGGCAACAAGGGCCUGGCCAAUGCUCAAGUCGACAAUAACAACAGCUUGGUCCUCCGUCCACUGACCAAGGAGCAGCAUGGCUUAUGGGAGUGUGCAGCCAACAACGGGGUGGCCCACGUCAGCAUCACAACCACUGUCUAUGUACUGGGAACCAGUCCGCACACUGUGGCCAACGUCUCAUUGCUGCCACUCCAGCAGGCGGUCAACAUCACCUGGGAACCAGGCUUCGAUGGGGGCUAUUUUCAGAGAUUUAGCAUCUGGUACACACCACUGUUGAAACGCUUCAAUCGGCCUCACCAUGACUGGGUCUCCGUGCCAGUGCCUGUCGGGGCCUCCCACAUCAUGGUGGAGAACCUACAGCCGGAUACCAGUUACCAGUUCAGUGUCCUGGCCCAGAACAAACUGGGGAGCGGGCCCUUCAGUGAGAUUGUCACCACUGUGCCACUAGGUUUCCCAACGAACACCAUGCCACCUGAGCCCUUGACUCCCACCUUGCAGAUGUUCCUUUCCCCGCCCCAGGCCCUGAUGGCCAACGAGACCACGCGAGGGGUCUUGCUGCUGUGGGAGCCCCCCUUCCAAUACUCUGUGGGCCUGACUGGUUAUGCACUGGAGCUGCGGCAAGACCAGGGAGGCUGGGAGGUGCUGGAGGGGUCCAUCCCUGGCUCCGAGACACAGCUCCUGGUGCCUGGCUUAAUCAAGGAUGCCUUCUAUGAAUUCCGCCUGGUGGCCUUUGCGGGCAACUAUAUCAGUGACCCCAGCAAUACAGUCAAUGUUUCCACAACAGGCAUGGAGGUGUACCCAUCCCGCACCCAGCUCCCUGAGCUCCUGCCUCAGCCGGUCCUGGCUGGCGUGAUUGGCGGUGUUUGCUUCCUCAGCACGGCUGUGAUCUUCAGCACCAUGGCCGCCUGCAUCAUGAACCAUAGGCGAGCCGCUCGUCUCUACAAACGGAGGCAAGAUGCAUCCAUCGUCUUCCCCCCCAACAAGAAGCUUCUGCCUUCACAAAACUCUACAGGCACUGCUAGCCCAGACAGCAUUGUGAAGCUGAAAUUGCAGAUCUCUCCGUACCAGAGCCUUCACCGCAGCCUGCUCUGGGGGGAAGAAACGGACGCCAACCUAAGCCUCAACUUUGCCAGCUGCAACACAGGGAAUAGCACCAAAUAUGCUCUCUAUGAGAGCCAUGUCGGAGAGCCACCGGCCCUGGAGCGCAUCUGCCGUGGCCCGGAUGGACGUUUCGUGGUGCAGAGCGAGGAACAAUUGGGAGCCAUGAGGGAACGGUAUUCCGCGUCUUCAAAGGACAGUCCAUGCCAGUUGGAGCCUUACCUGCAGACCUUCUCUCCCCUUAGAUCCAAGGAAGCCGUCUGGCAAAAAGGGAUUCACCUGCGGCCCAAGAACUUGAGCCGGGCCCAUUGCGAAGCCAAGGCUUCAGGCUACCGGCAGGGCCAUUACUUUGACUACAGCAGCAGCAGCCCGACGGAGGACGCGGAGCCGUUGUGUAUUGUCAACAUGAGUCCUGUCGUGUGCUUGUCUGCCGACCAAGAGGCCCGGGUCUCCGAAGAGCGCUUGGCGACGUCGGCGUCCUCUUUCUCCUCUCCAAAACCUUAUUGCCGGCCUCAAAAUAGUCAAGUCCAAAUAAAUACCUCGUCCCAAAGUGGUAUCCUCCAGUACUUGAGUCUACCCAUCUUCAAGGAGAUGAACGUGGAUGGCGAUUGGCCAAUGGAGGAAGAGGAUGAAGAAAGUGAAGAAGAAGAAGAGGAAGAAGAAGAGGAAGAAGAAGAGGAUGAGGAGCAACAUUCAGAGGCAGACUUCCAUGAGGUUUUGGGCGGCACUGAAUCCGCUCUAUUGCGAGACGAGGACCAAACGACUUGUCCAGCCUACAUGGACAUGCAAGUCGACUUAGACUCUGCUCCGAAAUCCUUCCUCAAGCUCCCCAACACCGACGCAGGUCCGGCUAAAGCAUCUUUACCUGGUUCCUCUGUUCGCCUGAGUUAUAUCAGUUCGCCCAAGGAGCCAGGGCCUCCGUUCCAGGUACGCUCACCCACCCAUUCCCUUGCUGAUGGCACCCCGACAGAGAUGUUGUACGCAGCCAAUUCCUCGGACCACAGCUGGCUCCGCUCGGCAGAGCCACCCCGAGAGCCGUUGCCCGCCGAGAGGCGCCGGCUGCCCCCCGAGACAUUGCCGAGGGGGAGCUUGACUAGCCAAAGCAGUGGCCGUGGCAGCACCUCCUUCCUGCGCCCCUCUUCGCUGGCUCCCUCCUUGGCCAGCAGCUACCUCAGUUCGCCCUUGGCGGAAACGAGCCAUUGGCACAACAGCUCCACAGGAGACGAGUGCAGGCCCAAAAGAGAACCAUCCAUUGUUGCCAACAAUAAAAGGAAGAACACAUCCGUGGAUGAGAGCUACGAAUGGGACUCAGAACUCACCCUUGAGUCCGACCUGCUGAAUGCUCUGCAGUUGUAUCGGAAUGAAAACCCCAAACGGCCAGUCUCCACCAUUGAAGCGCAUGAGUUGGAGAAGCAGAGUUCAAAGACCACCAAUGAAAGCAAUGGCUCGCCCUCCAAUUCCCAGUCGGCGGGGGCCCUGGACUGGCCCCAUUCACCGGAGGCCUUGCCGAGUCCCGAGGAACGCUGUGCCGCACUGCGGGAAGAGUUUCUGGCCUACCGCCAGCGCCGGGAAGCCACGCAACAACGUCGCCAGAAGCUGGCUUCGAGCAGGAAGCAGAGGGAUGAGCGACUGGAGCAGACCACUUUGCUAUGAAGCACCACUUGGACAUGUUUUCCCCUCAUUGAGACAUGCGUUUGUGUGUCGCUGUGCCGUCAAGAAGAGACACUUUGGCUGUCCUAUUGUGGAGAGCUGCUCCUCAGGCGAACUCACGGCCUCCGAGAGUGGUGGAGGCUUUUAAAGCACAGCCGUUGUCGGGAGGGCUUUGAUUUGCCUUCCUGCCUGGCAGAAGGGGGUUGUGGGCUGGAAGACCCUCCUAUUGUAGGUCUAUUAUCUUCUUUUUGGGGAUUGUAAAGCAAAGACUGGAUGGCCAUCUGUCGGGAGGGGUUUGAUUGUGUCUUCUUAUAUAACAGGGUUGGUCUGGAUGGCCCUUGGGAGUCUUUCCCAAGUCUACAAAUCUCUAUGAACUGCAUCAAAAACACUAGGAGAAGUUUUCUGAUUAGGCGGUAGAUAAUGGGAGCCCUAGGGCAUCCAAUCAUGUUGGGAGAAAGUUUGUGGAAACUACUGUUUUAAAGGUGUGGGGCUGGGGUUUGCUGUUUUUUUAAAUAUAUAUAUAUUUGAAAAA